CAGAUGUACAUGUAUGUUGGACUGUGCACAAAUGUCAUUUUAAUUGAUACAUAUUUAUAUAUCUAAACAUGAAUUAUGGACUUGACUUUGUUAAACGUUCACAGGUUAAAAUGGAAAAUAUGAGGAAUGAACUAAAUCAAAAUGAAAGUAUAACUUCUGAGCGGGAAAUUGUAAAUAAGGUACUUGGUAAACGAUCUGGAUAUGAGAAGGGCUUGGGGUAUGGAGUUGUGCCUUCUAAAUGUUCGAAGAGGUCAACAUGUGAAUCUUCACAAUUGGAGACAUUUCAAGAAAAGUUGAGUGUUACUGAAGAUGAACUGAAAGAUGCUACUUGUCGUAUUAAAUCCCAACAAGAAUUGAUUCAAACGCAAGAAGCACUAAUUCAAAACUAUGAUGACCGUUGCAAAAAGCAAGAUGAUGAAAUACAAGGCCUAAGGGAAGGGCAAGACGAAUUGAAGCAAAUGCUAUUGCGUUUAUUGCAACAAAAUAGUUCAAGCAAUCAAGACAAACUUUGAGAUGAUAUGACUUAAGGAAUUUUUUUCCAGAAAUGUGUGCUUAAAAUUUGACUUUG